UUCCCCCCACUGAGUUCUCCACGGUCCUUCCUGAAAAGGAGACGGGGGCACAGAGAAGCAGGGAGUAGAAAUGUGUUCAUCGUCCUAAAUGUUCUUCUGGCAGGUUUCCAGGUGGUCAUGGAGUGCAGGGGCUACUAUUUCUUUGGGGAGACGCCCUCAGUGCUCGUUCUCACCUGUGAACCGGUGGCUGAAGAGGAGGAGGGGGACAAAGAGGAGGAGAAGGAGGUGGAGAAGGAAGAAAAGGAGGAAGACGAGAAGGAUCAGCCCAGGAGAGUCAAGAGAUUCAAGAAGUUUUUCAAGAAGCUCAAGAAAAGCGUGAAGAAACGUGUCAAGAAAUUCUUCAAGAAACCGAGAGUCAUCGGGGUCUCCAUCCCCUUCUAAGAGGGGAUUCGGAAGGACCCUCCGAUCCGAGGAAAACCGGCAGAGAAAAAUGAUGUUCCAGUCCAUCUAAUCAUUCCCCAAAAAGAUAC